AUGAGGGCGUCUUACAUUGGACCAAAGAACGAACUCCUCUUUGACUCUGAUAAGCAGGCGGAACGUGCGCUUCAGACGCUCCAACUGAUUGUCAGUUACGGAGGUAGCAUGGACCGCUGGAGAAGCUUGAUUGCUUAUUCGAGGAAAGAUAGGCCUUUGCAUGAGAUGAUCAAUUUGGUUAGCCAAGCGCCUAUGCCAGAAUUGCGGUUUUUAUCUUUUGUCCGAGGAGGCUAUCUCGGUGGUACGCCGACGGUACCGAGUUUACCAGACGAACAAACACGAUCGGAUACUCGAGAGGAAAUCAGCGAUUCUUCUACGUUGGUUCGCGGGCCUGUUCAUCCUCAGCUAGCUCACGUUGAAGUGGCCAAUCUUCCUUCACUGCUCACCUUAUCUGAUACCUCGUCCAUAUUCUCGUGCUUGACCCGACUUCAAUUCGAUAGUCCUUUUCCAUCUCUGGAAAGUGUAAGUAAACUCUUGUCUCAAAACCCUCUUUUAGAGCUACUUGAACUGGAUAUUGGUGCUUUCAACCUUGCGAAUUCAAGACAGCGACUUGAGUAUACUACUCUUGACCGACUCCGCAUUUCUUUGCCGCGGCUCCGGGACUUUUCUCUCAAAGUUGGGCGGUACCAGAUGUGUGGACUCCAGCUCCUUAAAAUCAUCGAUGCCCCCAAUGUUGAAAAUCUUGAGCUCGAGUUCCCAAUAGAUCGCGGAGAUGCUGAGUAUCUUUACGACGAUCGAAAUUGGAGUAUACCCACUUACCUCUCAAAGGGGAGGGUUCAUAGAAACUUACAAAGUCUCACGCUUCCCACGGAAACUCUCGGAUGCGGACCCAUCUUUCCUUUAGUUCGCAAAUUGAAUCUUGGCAAUAUCUCGAGUUUUGAUAUGCUCUGGCAACCGAAAGUAUACGCCGAACUCUUUGGCGUGUUCCCCGAUAUUACUCAUUUAGCUGCGGGGCGCCAGUGUAUCAGUGCGAUGCUUGAUGAGCCCAAUGCCCGUCCAGACCUAAAACAUAUCACCUUUCAUAUUCCUAAUUACAAGGAUAUCCGCGCAUCGCUCGAGGUAAUAGCAGAAUAUGCUCUCGCCCGACAGAAUGCGGGUUUACCCAUAUCCACAUUGCGUAUAUACACAAAUACUCCGGAAAGCUUCUUCAAGGCUCUCGAGCAUAAAGCCGAAGAUCCUACAGUUGUUUCGAGGAUUCUAGAAAAGGAAAGAAUUAGAAGUAAAGAUGCUGUUAUCAUUCUCUAUUCAUCAGUGGAUAACCUGGUCGUUCAAAACUUGGAAUCGCGGUAUCGUGAUUCGAGCUGGUUAGUAAGCAGUCACUUUCAGGAGCUUGAGACCUCUGUGGACGAGGAGGAAAACAAUCUCGAGACUGAGAGUUCAGGUGACGAAGGGAGAAUAGACGAUGAUGGAGAGCGGGCCAUCACAGAAAGAGUUGAGGACCUCGACUACAUUGCGGCGUUAAUUGGUCGACUAUGA